AUGGCUGAUGAAGCGCAGCUCGCCGAGCUGAAGAGGAAGAGAACAUUCCGCAAGUUCUCCUACCGCGGCGUCGACCUCGACCAGCUGCUCGACAUGAACAGGGAUCAACUCUCGAAGCUCCUACCGUGCCGCCAACGCAGACGCCUCGCCCGCGGGCUGAAGAGGAAGCACCUCGCCCUCCUCGCGCGUCUACAGAAAUCGAAGAAGGCCGCGACCGUUUUGGAGAAGCCCGCCACCGUCAAGACCCACCUCCGCGACAUGAUCAUCCUGCCCGAGAUGGUCGGCUCCGUCGUCGGAAUUUACAACGGCAAGGUCUACAACCAGACUGAAAUCAAGCCCGAGAUGAUCGGCCACUACCUCGGCGAGUUCGCGAUCACCUACAAGCCUGUGAAGCACGGUCGACCUGGUAUCGGAGCUACCCAUUCUUCUCGCUUUAUCCCGCUUAAG